AUGGAUUCACCUAUACAUAUCGGAGACUUGACUACUCAGUCUAUUCAGCAACGAUUGCUAGAAACACAUAUUAAUGGAACCACCAGUUCCCCAGACUGUACAUCAAUAACAACAGUCUACUCAUCCAUAUAUUCAGGCGUGAAAGUUAUACAACUAACAUUAAAGUUCAGUACCAACAAAUCAAAUACAUCAUCUGAGGAUGAAGAACUUAUAAUAUUGCGUAGAGUUCAAGAUUCAUUUAUCAACGUGACACAAUUGUUUGAAAUUUUGGUCAAAUUAGAUUUGCUUACUUUGAGUCAAUUGAACAAUUUUUUUGACAAUGAAAUUUUAUCCAAUUUGAAAUACUUUGGAUCUUCUACAAAAAACCCACAGUAUUUGGAUUUAAGAUCACAUGAAAAUACUUAUAUAAAAGGUAUCUGGAUUCCAUAUGAUAAGGCAGUCGAGUUGGCAUUAAAAUUCGAUAUCUAUGAAAUUACCAAAAAAUUGUUUCUUGUUGAUGUUCAUGAUUUUGAGAAGUUACCAAAAGCUAAUAAGAGAGUAUACGAAGAGGACGAUGACGACACCGAAAGAGAUAUAUUGGAUUCACCUUCAAAGAAACAGAAAUUGGACAAGGGCCCUCCAGUUAAAGGAACAUUUUCAAAUGGUGUUGUUGAUAACAAUCAUGUACUUAUUGAUGCAUUGUCUAGCAAAAACACAAAUCAUCCUUUCACAUUACCAGCAAUCAUAAUCAAUGAUGAUAAUAUCGACAUUGCCAAUGACAUCAAGAUGAAGUUGGGUGAAGUUUUCAAGCGAGACGACGAACAAUCUGAUGGUAUUUCGUAUGAAGAAGUAAAAUCAGCAUUUGCUGGUCCUAUGGCCAAAUAUUCCUCUGAGGCUAUUGUUGAUAUCCCACUAGAUCAAAGAGGACAAACAGCUUUACAUUUUGCAUCGACACUUGCGUCUUUGAAUUUGGUUUCUGCUUUUAUUCAAUUAGGAUUGAACUCUCCAAUUAGAGGUAAUAUCGAUGGAGAAUCACCAUUGAUUUCAUGUAUCCAAGUAACAAAUUCUAUGGAAAAGGGGAACUUCAGUAAGAUUCUCAGUAACUGGUUAUAUCCUGAUUUAUGGCUCUUGGACACCAAAAAGAGAAGUGUCUUACAUCACUUGGCUUUGCAAAUUGAUAAGAAUGACAGUUUCAAGUUUUACACCACCAAGAUACUAGAGUAUAUCAUAUCUAAUAAUGACCAAUUAUUCUUGGAUUUGCGUUCAAAAUUACUUAAUGCACAAGACGAGGAUGGCAAUACCGCCUUACAUAUUGCUAUAGAGAAGGAUUCUAAAUGGUUUAUCAAAGUAUUGGUUAAAUUGGGAGCAGAUAUGAAUAUAGACAAUAAACAUGGUAUAAAAGCAUCCGAUUUUGAAAUUGUGAGAGAUGUCAACUCAUUUGAAAGCAAUGACCAAAUAUUUGAGUUAAUUGUCACUGGAUUGGAAUUUUUGAACAAGAGAAUUGAAAUAAGUGGUGGAACAAUACCAGAAAUUGAAGAACCUAAGGAAAUUAAAGCCCCAGUGUUGGUUGAACAAAAUGAAAAUUCAACUUCAGGAAGAAUCUUUCAAAGUAUACAACAGUUGCUCGCCAAUACUAAUGCCGAGUAUGAAGGUAUAUUGAAUUCCAAAAGAGAGCAGAUUAAACAACUAGAUCGAGCACUUCAUGAUGCGACUAUUGUGACAGCCAACAAUAGAUUCAAUGCCAAAAAGAUCACCGAGAAAUUAGUGCAGCUAGAUAACUUGAAAUUACAAGUUGCCAAUGUAACAGAUAAAUUGACAUUAUCUAAACAAGAGUUGGAUGAGAAAUUGGAUGAUAGCAAGGAAUAUGAUGCUGAUGAACCAUUUGUUAUUAAACCAAUAUUUGAGAAAUUGAAAGCAGGCGAACUGGUGGAAGAUUUAAAGAAUGACGAAACUGUAUUGAAUCAAUUGCAACCUGCUCCUAUACUAAAAGCCAGAAUAAAUGCGUAUCGAGAAAUAAAUGCCCGGUUAGAGAAAGAGCUACAAACUUUGGUUGAUUAUAGCGAAUUGACAGCAAAGUUUAAGAAAGUGGUGAGUAUCUGUACGAAUGUGGGGAUCAAUGAAGUUGACGAGUUUUUAGACGGGUUAUUGGAAGCUGUUGAAGGUCAGCAAUAA